CCAGGUAUCAAAUCGCAUCUCGCCGGAAGCGCAGAAGCUCAAAUAAUCUUCCCACCCCCUGUCUCGCACAGCUCGUUGGCAUCGCCAUCUCGUCAUGGCUUCACUGGAGAAGCCCGUUGUCAGCUUCUUGGGCCCCAUUGCCUCAUAUUCGCAUCAGGCAGUCCGCCAGGUUUUCCCAGAAUCGUCAUGGGAACUGAGGCCCGCGGCAACGAUAGAUGAUGUCUUUGACCAGGUGCAGUUCGGAGAGGUCAAGGCCGGUGUGGUUCCCAUCGAGAACUCCACAAACGGCUCCGUGGUCUUCACCCUCGAUAACCUGGCCGACCGCAACGGCCGGUACAAAGACAUCACGGUGGACGGCGAGAUCUUCGUCGACGUCCACCACUGCCUGGUGGGACACAGGAACCCCACGCCUACUCUUACGGAUCCGCGCCCGUCCAAGCCAAGGUCAAAGCCGCUCGCGAGCCUGAGACACAUCAAGCGGCUGUACUCCCAUCCACAGGCGUUUGGCCAGUGCAACGCCUUCAUCUCGACGUAUCUCAAGGGCGUGGAGAUUUUCGACGUCAGCUCGACGAGCAAGGCCGCCGAGAUUGUGAGUCAGGACACGACUGGUACGUGGGCGGCCAUUUCGAGCGAGCUCGCUGCGAACCUCAUGCAUGGCCUGGAUAUGCUUGCCCGAUCCAUCGAGGACCGUGACGACAACACCACGCGCUUCCUCAUCAUUGGAAAGAACACGACUGUCCCCAAGGACUGGAAUCUGGUAAAGCAUGCAGAGGGAAAGACUGGCACCAGGACGCUGAUAUCGUUUACCGUGCCGCAUACGUCGCCAGGUGCACUGGCCGAGGUCUUGAGCGGGUUCAAAUCGUACAACCUGAAUCUCACGAGCAUUAACAGCAGACCCAGCCUGUUGGCCCCCUUCCAGUACAUCUUCUUCAUCGAAUUCGAGGGCAACAAGUAUGAUGACCCUGACGGCAGGGUAAAGGGGGCGCUGGAUAACAUUGACCGGGUGGCACAGAGCUGGAGAUUGCUAGGGAGCUGGGAACGGUAUAGGUAG